AAACAGAAGAAAUAAUAAACAUCAUAGAGAAAGGAAGACACUGCUGGAAUUGGCAGAAUGAAGUGCCUUCUAGUUCUGCUCUUCAGCUUUGUAUCCACGUUUGCUGCACCAGUGGAUCUAGACAGACAGGAUGCAGACAUGAAUAUUGUUAAGAAUUAUUUAAAUAAUUAUUACACCACUGAAAAUGAGGCCAUCGCACCAUUCUAUUAUGAUGACAAUGUCACUUUGACUGAAAAGCUCAAGAAAAUGCAGCAUUUUUUCCGGCUGAAAGUGACUGGGAAACCUGACAAUGAAACUUUGGCAGUGAUGAAGAAAGCCAGGUGUGGGGUUCCAGACUUUGGAGGAUUUGUCCUCACUGAUGGGAAUCCCAAGUGGAAAAAGAACAAUCUCACAUAUAGGAUUGUGAAUUACACACCAGAUAUGCAUCAGUCUGAUGUGAACAAAGCAAUAGAAAAAGCCUUUGAAGUAUGGAGCAAAGCCUCACCCCUGACCUUCAAAAGACUUUAUGAUGGCAUAGCUGAUAUAAUGAUGUCUUUCGAAAUACGAGACCACAGAGACAAUUCUCCUUUUGAUGGUCCUAAUGGGGUGCUGGCACAUGCCUUUCAGCCAGGAGACAAUAUUGGUGGAGAUGUCCAUUUUGACGAUGAUGAAAUUUGGACCACCCAAGGUUCACGAGGCUACAGCCUUUUUCUUGUUGCUGCCCAUGAGCUUGGGCAUUCUCUUGGCCUGUCUCAUUCCACUGACCCUGGGGCAUUGAUGUACCCCACCUACUCUUACACAGCACCUAAUUUAUUUAGGCUUCCACAGGAUGAUAUCAAUGGCAUCCAAGCCAUCUAUGGUAAAACAAAUAACCAAGUCCAACCAACAGGACCCACAACACCAACAGCUUGUGACCCCAGGACCACUUUUGAUGCUGUUGCCACCUUACGUGGAGAAAUGAUGUUCUUUAAGGGCAGGCAUUUCUGGCGUAAACACCCUCAGCUGGACGUAGAACUAUUUUUCAUUGCCCUCUUCUGGCCAAGUCUGCCGACUCGUAUUGAUGCUGCCUAUGAAAAUUAUAAAAAAGACCAGCUGGUUCUUUUUAGAGGAAACCAAUACUGGGUUCUAAAUGGAUAUGACAUCCAAGCUGGAUACCCCAAAAGAAUCUACCGUCUGGGCUUCCCCAAAACUGUGAAGAAAAUUGAUGCUGCAUUCAGUGAUCCAGAAUCAGGGAAAACAUAUUUCUUUGCUGGUAAACAGUAUUGGAGAUAUGAUGAAAUCAGACAGACCAUGGAAAAUGGCUAUCCGAAAUAUACAGCACAACAUUUUAGAGGAGUCGGCCCCAAAAUCGAUGCUGCUUUACAGCAUGAUGGAUAUAUCUACUUCUUCCAGGGGACAAACGUGCUCCAAUACAACCUUAACAGCCAAAGGGUUCAGUCUGUUCAAAGAAGUAAUAGCUGGCUGAAUUGUUAAGCAUGCUAUCAAUGCUAUCUAUUAAUAACUGUUGGCUUCCUUUCCGAAUAGCACUAAAUUUUAAUUCAGAUAUCCAAGGUGCUAGAAAUUCUCUCCAAAACAGGUCCAGCACCAUGGAUAGCAUCACAUGGAAUAACCCUGUAGAAAAUUCAUCCUUUUCUAAUAUAUGGUUGUCUUUGCAUUGGGUUUGAUUCCCAAGUAGCGACCGCUACUCUUGUUGCUACCUGGUAAUCUAACCCAAUGCAAAGACAACCAUUAUUAAAAUUCAGCAAUGACUUUAUUUUGUGAUCCCAACAAACUAGCUCCAGUGCACUUUAUUCUGUUUAUAUGUUGCAACGGGUUUGAUUCUGCCUCUUCAAUAAAGUAUUUUUGUGGGACGGUUGUGUGUGUUUCUUUUGGCAUUAACUCCUAAGAACACUUUGUACAACAGUGUGGUUGUCCAUUGCAGUAAGAUCAAUUACUGACUACAUGCAAACAUUGCAAUAUUACAUUUCAUAACCAUUUCAUAAGUACCUAUGAAAAAGUGAAGUUGAUACUUGCAUCAUUUGUAGUCAGAGUUCGUACAUCAACACUCAUCUCUCUUAUUUCUUAUCAUUAUUUCCUUGUAAUUGUAUAACUGGAUAAUUGUAAAGAGACAUGGCAAACAUUUUAUUUUAUUUUAGUUGCAUAUUGAGAAAGAAGACAACUACUAUCUGAUUUUUAGCAGAUUUUAGAAGUAAUUUAUGCAUGAAUUUCAAAUUAUUACAUAUUAUGAUUAUUGCAGCAAGACAGAAAUGGAAAACUAAAGAACAACUCCCAAUGAAAACUGGAUUAUAAAAGUUCUGGAAUUGGCAGAAAUGGAUGACUUGUCUAGUUCAAUAAAGGCAAAGUCAACUGAUGAAUUUCUAAAAAAAAUGGAAAUAAUUUAUAUCAUUUAUAAAGAAAAGAAAAUGUAACAACACUUGUGGGUUUUGAAGAUGAAGCAAAAUUCUGAGAUAGCAAGUUAAAAUGAAGACUAAUAAAUUCAUUGUGUAUCAUUGAAGUGGGAUGUGGGAAGUCCAUUUUAACCUUUUACAUUUAUUAUUUUGAUUGUUGUUUAUUGGGAAGCUAAUUCCAUUGGUGUACAUAGUAAUAUAAAUUAUGUAUGGGGAAAUUACUGCCUUUAGAGAACAUAGUGCUGAAAGAAACUAAUAAACA